AUGGGCUGUACAAAGUACAUCCGAUUCAAUACCAGUGUGGAAGAGGCGCAUUGGGACGAUGAGAAGAGGAGGUGGAAGGUCGAUGUCAAAGUCACGGGUGGGAAGGACGCUGAGUUCAAUCCGCAGUAUAGCAUUGAUUGUGACUUUCUGGUCAGCGCGGUGGGACAGUUGAAUCAACCACGAUUUCCGGAUAUCGAGGGGUUGGAGGACUUUCAAGGGAAGAUUAUGCAUUCUGCACGAUGGGAUUGGAGCCAUAGUCUUGAGGGGAAGAAGGUUGGUAUCAUCGGAAAUGACGGCGAGGAGAACGGGCUAUGGGAGAAACUCACGCCGGAUUAUAACCCGGGUUGCAAGCGAGUCAUUAUCAGUGACGAUUACUACCCAGCCGUCGCGGACCCAAAGACGACGCUCGAGACGAAUAAGAUAGCAAGAAUCACGCCCACAGGCAUCCAGCUCGAGAACGGAACCACAUACGAGCACGACAUCAUCGUCCUCGCGACGGGCUUCCGCACCGUCGAAUUCAUGUACCCGAUCAAAAUCACGGGCACUGGCGGCCGCUCCCUCGAGCAAAUAUGGGAAAAGGGCGCCUCGGCACUCUAUGGCACGACCGUCCCCUCACUCCCCAACUUCGGCAUGUUCUACGGCCCCAACACGAAUCUUGGCCACAAUUCGAUUAUCCUGAUGAUCGAGGCGCAAAGCCGGUAUCUCAACACCCUCGUGUCUGCCGUGCUGGACGCACGCAAUCGCGGCCAGCGCAUCGGUCUAACACCGCGCUCCGACCGGACAGACGCAUUCAAUCAGCAGAUCCAAGAGAUUUUGCAGAACAGCAGUUUCGCAGAUCCAAAGUGCGGCAGCUGGUAUAAGAACAAAGACGGCAAGAUUACGAACAAUUGGAGCGGCACGGUGGUGGAGUACCAGGAGAUGCUGAGUAAGGUCGACUGGGAGGAUUUUGAAACGACGGUGGGAGAGAGGGAGGGAGAGAGGGCGAGAGACGAAGAUUGGGAGGGUGCGGGAGGAGACGGUGGUGAGCAACACGGUGUUGGCGCUGGGGACGUUGAGUGCGGUUGCGGCGGGCGCGGCGUGGGUGUAUAG